CCUUCACCGUACAUUGCUCAGUUUCUUCACCAAGGGUCCACGUCGUCCGUCAUGUCCGUCCAAGAAGCAACCAUGUUACCCGCCUUGGCGGAUCCCAUGUCUUUCGCGAAGGAUUUUAUCGCGGGAGGUGUGUCCGCCGCUAUCUCCAAGACCACGGUCGCCCCCAUCGAGCGAGUCAAGCUGCUUCUCCAGGUCCAGCACAUCUCCAAGCAGAUCCCCGAGGAUCAGAGGUACAAGGGUAUGGUGGAUUGCUUCGUCCGAAUCCCCAAGGAACAAGGAGUGUCGGCCUACUGGAGAGGCAACCUCGCCAACGUCAUCAGAUACUUCCCCACUCAAGCUCUCAACUUCGCCUUCAAGGACAAGUACAAGCAGAUCUUCCUGGGCGGCGUGGACAAGAACACACAGUUCUGGCGCUACUUCGCCGGCAACCUGGCAUCCGGAGGUGCCGCGGGAGCCACCUCCCUGUGCUUCGUGUACCCCCUAGACUUCGCCCGAACCAGGUUAGCUGCCGACGUCGGCAAGGCCGGAGCCACCCGAGAGUUCAAGGGUCUGGGCGACUGCUUGACCAAGAUCUUCAAGACCGACGGUCUGGUGGGAAUGUACCGUGGGUUCGGAGUGUCUGUCCAGGGCAUCAUCAUCUACCGAGCCUCCUACUUCGGCUGCUUCGACACCGCCAAGGGUAUGCUGCCUGACCCCAAGAACGCCGGUUUCUUCCUAUCCUGGGGUAUUGCUCAGGUGGUGACCACCGUCGCCGGUAUCGUGUCCUACCCCUUCGACACAGUCAGACGACGUAUGAUGAUGCAGUCUGGUCGCCCAGUUGCUGAGCGUACAUACACCAGCACAGGUCAUUGCUGGGCCACCAUCCUCAAGUCUGAGGGCACCGGAGCCUUCUUUAAGGGAGCUUUCUCCAACGUCCUCCGAGGAACCGGUGGUGCCCUCGUGCUGGUCCUGUACGACGAAAUCAAGACCUUCCUGUUCUAAACGUCUUCGGCGACGUCUGUCAACUCUGGAGUUCCUCCGGGACCAUCGCCGUCCUAGUUACUUAGUACCGUCGUUUUGUACUCGAACAAGCACCUCCGGCCACAGACAAUCGCGUAGGUGUAGAUGCAAUCGCCAACACCGCUUGUGAAUUGUGAAUCGGUUCUUCCUCGCUGUACGACCGUGGUUAACUGAAAUUAUUUGACUGUGAAUGAAGAGAGGCGAUUCUGUAACAGUAUCUAAAUUCCCUUGGUGAAAAUCUGAAUAAACGUGAAUGCUGAAAUAGCACAGCACCGUUUGAUUCGACACGGUCGAAACGGGCUGUGAUACUUUAGCAUUCCCACAUCGAU